AUGUGUGGCAUCUUCGCUUGUCACAACCACCCUGACGUGGCCAAAUUCAAGUCUACAGCUCUGAAGCUUUCCAAGGCCAUCCGGCAUCGUGGACCUGAUUGGAGCGGCAACGUCACCUGCCACAACACGAUUCUGUGCCAUGAACGGCUCAGCAUCGUCGGCGUUGAGAGCGGAGCGCAGCCACUUACCAAUGCUGAUGAGAGCAUUGUCCUCGCCGUCAAUGGCGAGAUCUACAACCACCGUCUUAUCCGCAAGGGAUUGAAGCAGCCCUACCACUUCAAGACCGCCUCCGAUUGCGAGGUUAUCAUUCCUCUGUACAUGGAAUACGGCCUCGACGCGCCGAAGCACCUCGAUGGCAUGUUCUCUUUCGUCCUGUACGACAAGAAGCUAGACCGGACUAUCGCCGCCCGCGACCCCAUCGGCAUCACCACCCUCUACCAGGGCUGGUCAUCCCAACAACCUGGCACCGUUUACUUUGCCUCCGAGCUCAAGUCCCUACACCCCGUGUGCGACAAGAUCGAGUCGUUCCCCCCGGGACACAUCUACGACAGCUCGACGGGCGAGUGGACCCGGUAUUUCCAACCGUCAUGGUGGGAUGGCGAGAAGGUCCCGGAGAACCCUCGGGACUUGAAGCUGCUGCGGGAGACGCUCGAGAAGUCGGUCAGGAAACGCCUCAUGGCUGAGGUCCCGUACGGUGUCUUGCUGUCAGGUGGUCUGGAUUCUAGCUUGGUCGCGUCGAUUGCGCAGCGGGAAACCCUAAGGUUGAGGAAGCUGGCCGAAGCGGCUAACGGCAGCGCCGCCGAGGAGACGGGUGAUGCGGAUAGGGGCGAGGGGCUCGUCGGUAUUGACGACGAGAACAAGCUGUCGACGAUGACCUUCCUUCCGCAGCUCAACUCCUUCUCCAUUGGCCUUCCCGGCUCGCCCGACAACAAGGCGGCGCUCGAGGUGGCUAAGUUCCUCGGAACUAAGCAUCACGUCAUGACCUUCACCAUUGACGACGGUCUCAACGCGCUCUCGGACGUCAUCUACCACCUCGAGACGUACGACGUAACCACCAUCCGCGCCUCGACGCCCAUGUACCUACUCUCGCGCAAGAUCAAGGCGAUGGGCAUCAAGAUGGUGCUCAGCGGCGAAGGCAGCGACGAGAUCUUUGGCGGCUACCUCUACUUCCACGGCGCGCCUGACAAGGCCGCCUUCCACGAGGAGUGCGUCCGCCGGGUAAAGAACCUGCAUCUGGCCGAUUGCCUGCGCGCCAACAAGUCGACCUCGGCCUGGGGUCUGGAGGCCCGCGUGCCAUUCCUGGACAAGGAGUUCCUCGAGGUGUCCAUGAACAUCGAUCCCCAGGAGAAGAUGAUCACGAACGAGAAGCUCGAAAAGUGGUACCUCCGCAAGGCCUUCGACACCACCGACGAGCCUGAGACGGAGCCCUACCUGCCUGAGAAGAUCCUCUGGCGCCAAAAGGAGCAGUUCUCGGACGGCGUCGGCUACGGGUGGAUCGACGCCCUCAAGGACCACGCCGAGAUCCACGUCACCGACGAGAUGAUGAAGAACCCCAAGCCCGAGUGGGGCUCCGACAUUCCGGAUACCAAGGAGGCGUACUGGUACCGCACCAUGUUCGACGAGCACUUCCCGCCGUCGUGCGCCUCGACCGUCAUGCGCUGGACCCCUAAGUGGUCGAAGCAGACCGACCCCAGCGGCAGGGCGAUCGCCAUCCAUCAAGCCAAGUAUGAGGAUGCUUGA